GUUGAUUCUGAUUCUUUAUCACGCUGCCCAGUCCGGGCAAAGAUGGCGCCCACGAAUAUCCCAACGCUCGGCCUCCCAUCGUUCUCAUCUCCCUUGUUCUCGUUGUCGACGCUCCUGGGCUGUUCGCGACUCGCGUCUCUGGCGUUCUAGUCUCUUUCCCGAGUGUGCUGUCUAGCUCUGUUGGCGUAGUUCUCAGCCGGUGCCACCGUGUCACGGGCGUUUUCUUCAUUUACGUUUCUGCUCAGCCGGGACAAGACGCGCGCGGCUCUCAAGGGGGUAUUCACGUCGAAGCCGUUUCUUCUCUUCCUCGCAUUGUUCAGUCGUACACUCUGUUGUUGUCUGAACGACCAUCUGCUCGUUCGUUGCUCUGCUUCUGGAGAUGUCUGAGGCACCGUUGACCGAGAUCCUCUCGCCAAAGAGCCCGACGCUCGCCAGCGCGGUCUUCGGGAGCUCGCCACGCCCUCGCCGACCCAGCACGCCCCGCUCUCCGUCUGGCAGUGUCUCCCAGCCCCACACACCCUCGCGAUCAGAGAAGUCACUUCCUCCUGUUCCUGCUCCUGCCCAGUCUCGAUCGCCACGGUCCACGAGGAACCCGCCACCGCGCGGGGCUCGCCCUGACAAGCGGCCCGACAGCCCAGAUGUCGAGACCAUGAUUAAGCGCACCCCGCGUCCGCGUCGCAAGUCGUCGGCGACGUUCCACUCGCCCAUGGCGCGGGCGAGGUCGAACUCGUCGAUGGCGAUCCCGUCGAGCUGGAAGGGGGUGAAGAACGACGACGACACCGGGUCUGUCAUCUCGGACUACGGCGCGUUGCUGGACAAGGACGACAGCAUGGACGAGAAGCAGCUGGAGGGAGAUGGGAGCGAGUCCGACUCGAGUAUCGACAUACACACUCCUUUGCCACAUCUGAUGUUCAGAGAUGGUUUGCUUUCCCCGCGGUCGAAGCUGCUUCCGGGUGGUGGAUCAGCGACACUGUCGUUGUACAUAGACGAUGAGGAUGGUGCGGCGUCUGUGAAUCGCGCAAACAGUGUCCUUAGCGUGGCGUCGACAGUGGGCAGCACGGUGACCAAAUCCGGCAUACAUCGGGACCCACGGGACACGCAGCGAAGGAGAGUCCGCCAUCGAGACCAAACGCUACUCCGCGCUGGAAUGGGUCUGACCACUGGGCUGGGAUGGAGUGACAGCGAGGACGAGGAUGCUCCCUCUUUGCUCACAAGACGGCUCAUCAACUCGAACAUCAAUAGACAGCCCUCCGUGUACUCCACGUCUAUGUCGCGCGUGCCUCCUGAGCUUGCAAGGAGCACCUCUGCAAGCAACCUGUCGCGUGCGCCGAGCUCCUAUUCCCCCGCACCGCUCACAGCCAAGGCUCUCUCCCGCUCCAUGUCUGCGACGGAUUCCCAGAACCGCCUCAGCAGUGCCGACACAGACAGCAUCACAUCAGUUGAUCUCCCCAAGCCCGCGACGCGGAGUCUCGGUUACCAGCUCACACAGCUCACAGAUACGGACCGGGGGCCCAAGGCCGCUGCGCCUACCCCAGACCGCGGGGAUCCAGAACUCGGUGACGCGGUCGACUUCCAUGUCAGAGUCGCGUCCGCCGGUGUCGUCUGCCAACGCGAAGAUGUCAAACUUGUCCUCGAUAGCGCGCGCAAGGACUCGUACACUGUCAAACCCGGGUUCCCGUCCUGGCAACACUUCCGUUCCUACCCGCUCGACAGUGUCGCGCAUGGUGCCGCCGCGUUCCGUGUCCACCUCCGUCAUGGCUCCAGUGCGGUCCAUAUCGGCCUGCUGGACUUCCCUCUUCCUCCCCGCCUGUCGUCUUCCCAGUCUGCUGGGCUUCCCCGAUCCAGCGGGAAGACGGACACGCAGAAGCCUACGAGUACUACCUCUACUGUGUCUGCGCCGGGUGGCUCCCGCCCACAGGUCGGCCUUCGACCUCCGAGGACCGGAACGGGUAUGGCGUACCGCACCAGCUCGUACUCGAGCUUCUACGAGACUUCCCGGACUAGCCGGCUUUCGUCUGGCAAGGAGGUCGGCGUCAUCUAA